AUGACUAAUAUAUGUUGUGCAAGAGAGUUCAUAGUUGGGGAUGCAGCUGGAUGGACUACUAGUUUUGAUUACCAAACUUGGGCACAUGACAACAGUUUCGAAAUUGGGGACACACUUGGGUUGGGGGCUGGGCUCGACGGCGGGUGGGGGUUCUCGGGCUUGGGCUCGACGGCGCAGGGGCUGGGCAGAGGGCUGGGCUCGACGGCGGGUGGGGGUUCUCGGGUCUGGGCUCGACGGCGCAGGGGCUGGGCAGAGGGCUGGGCUCUCCUAUCUCUCCAUGAACACAAACCCAUUUCAGCUCAAGAUCUAUUCCAUUUUCAAAUUAACACAUGCAAUGGAAGGCACUGUGGAGAUACCUUCACUGGUCCUAAUAAGCCCAACAAGCCUUCUAUUUGGACUGCUCAAUACAGAGUUUUCGGAGACCCUCCUUCUCAAAGAGCAGCAGAAGACAUUGCAUACUUGGUUGCCCGGUUUUUCUCCAAGAAUGGAACUUUGAACAACUACUAUAUGUACCAUGGUGGGACUAAUUUUGGUAGAACAAGUGCUGUUUUCACCACAACUAGAUACUAUGAUGAAGCUCCUCUUGAUGAAUAUGGUUUACAAAGGGAGCCUAAGUGGAGUCACCUAAGAGACUUACACAAGGCUUUGAAUCUAUGCAAGAAGGCUUUACUUUGGGGAACUCCUGGAGUCCAAAGGUUGGGCAAGCACACUGAGGUUCGGCUUUAUGAGAAGCAUGGAACAUCCAUCUGUGAUGCUUUUUUAACCAACAACAGCACCAAAGGGGCACACACUGUGAAAUUUAGGGGUGAUAUCUUUUACCUGCCACCAAGGUCCAUAAGCAUUCUUCCUGAUUGCAAGAAUGUGGUCUACAACACUCAAAUUAUUGUAUCACAACAUAAUGCAAGGAACUAUGUCAGAGUGAAAGAAACCAAAAAUCUUAAAUGGAAGAUGUCUCCAGAGCCCAUUCCAAAUGUCCAUCAAAUGAAUAUCAGUAACAAAAUACCAAAUGAGCUCUAUGGCAUGCUUAAAGAUACCACAGACUAUGGAUGGUACACCACCAGCAUUGAACUAAGUCGGCAUGACUUGCCAAUGAGGCCUGAUAUUCUACCUGUUAUAAGAGUUGCAAGUCUUGGCCAUGCACUGCAUUCAUUUGUUAAUGGUGAAUAUAUUGGAUCUGCACAUGGGAGUCAUGAAGAGAAGGGAUUUGUUUUCCAAAAAGCCAUAACCUUAAAGCCCGGGACUAACCAUAUAGCAUUGUUGGGCAUGACAGUUGGACUCCCUGAUAGUGGAGCCUACAUGGAGCACAGAUAUGCAGGGCCCCGAGCUGUCACAAUCCUUGGUUUGAACACUGGAACAAUCGAUCUGACACAAAAUGGUUGGAGGCAUCAGGUUGGUCUGACUGGAGAAAUGAAUCAUGUGUUUGCUGACAAAGGAACAAAGAAGGUUGAGUGGACUCAAGUAAAAGAAGAAGGACCAGCUCUCACUUGGUACAAGGUAAAAAGUUCGAACCUUUCUAAUCUUGACAGCAAAAACUCAUACAUUUAUACACACAUGCACAUAUUUAUAUUAAUCUUUCAAAUUGGCAUGGUUUUGGUUUUCUUUUUAAUUAAUCUUACUCUCUUUGCAUGUAAAUGUGUUUUUGGUGGAUUGAGUUUGUUUCUUCUUAGUAGUGAUUAUAGGUUCCGUUUCGUGAAAUAGGUGUAAUUGUGGGGA